UUGCGCGGGUCGAGCCGCUGUUUCCUCUACAGGGAAGGAGCGGUAGGCUAGUUUGUAGGGAACGGAGAGUAUUGCGGGGGAAGCGCUUGAAGGAGGAGGUGUCGCUUGUCAUCGUGGAUGCUAAGUUUCCAACCCUUGGAUAAUAAUCUGAUAAGAUUUAUUGGACUGGAUGAUUGAUCAGAGUUCUGUUUGUGCAAUCCAUCUAUUAAAGUAUUUAUUUGAAAACGGUUUGAUAUUUCAAAGGGCUACAGAGCACAGUGAAUUGAUUUUGAGCCCUAAAAAAUCUUAUGUUACAGAAAUGAAUGAAGAACAUACAGAUGUAACAAAUGGAUGUAAUAAAGUUAGAUCUCGUACUCAGAAUGAAGCUGCCUUAUUGGCUCUUAUGGAGAAGACAGGCUAUAAUAUGGUUCAAGAAAAUGGACAACGAAAAUUUGGUGGACCCCCACCAGGUUGGGAAGGUCCGCCACCACCCCGAGGCUGUGAAGUUUUUGUGGGAAAAAUUCCUCGUGAUAUAUAUGAGGAUGAAUUAGUUCCUAUUUUUGAAAGAGCUGGGAAGAUUUAUGAAUUUAGAUUGAUGAUGGAAUUUAGUGGUGAGAAUCGUGGAUAUGCUUUUGUAAUGUAUACAACAAAAGAAGAAGCUCAGUUUGCCAUUAAGACCCUUAAUAAUUAUGAGAUUCGUCCUGGAAAGUUUAUUGGUGUUUGUAUAAGUUUGGAUAACUGCAGACUAUUCAUUGGAGCCAUUCCAAAGGAAAAGAAGAAAGAAGAAAUCUUGGAUGAAAUGAGAAAAGUCACUGAAGGUGUUGUAGAUGUUCUUGUGUAUCCAAGUGCAACGGACAAGACAAAAAAUCGUGGGUUUGCCUUUGUAGAAUACGAAUCCCACAGAGCUGCAGCUAUGGCAAGGAGAAAAUUAAUUCCUGGAACUUUCCAGUUAUGGGGACACACUAUUCAAGUAGAUUGGGCAGACCCAGAAAAAGAAGUAGAUGAAGAAACAAUGCAGAGAGUAAAAGUACUGUAUGUUAGAAACUUGAUGAUGUCAACCACAGAAGAAACAAUUAAGGCUGAGUUUAACAAAUUUAAACCUGGAGCUAUUGAACGGGUAAAGAAACUUCGAGAUUACGCUUUUGUUCAUUUUUUCAACCGAGAUGAUGCAGUUGCUUCUAUGUCAGUUAUGAACGGAAAAUGUAUUGAUGGUGCUAGCAUUGAGGUAACACUAGCUAAGCCAGUAAACAAAGAAAGCACUUGGAGACAACAUCUUAAUGGCCAAAUUAGCCCCAGUUCUGAAAAUCUUUUAGUCUUUACAAACAAAGAAGAUGGUCAUCAUAAAUCACUAACAAAACCAGCAAAUCUUCCAAUACGCCUUAAUGGGCAGAAUAGUCCAAGUCCUCCUGAAAUUGAAAGGUGUACUUACCCAUUUUUUCCAGGAACAAAACUUACUCCAAUUAGCAUGUACUCUUUAAAAUCUAGUCAUUUUAGUUCUGCUGUGAUGCAGUUAGAUUAUUAUUGCAACAAAAAUAACUGGGCACCUCCAGAAUAUUACUUAUAUUCGACUACAAGUCAAGAUGGAAAAAUUUUGCUGGUAUAUAAGAUUGUUAUUCCGGCGGUUGCAAAUGGAUCCCAGAGUUAUUUUAUGCCAGACAAACUCUGCACAACAGUAGAAGAUGCAAAAGAGCUAGCAGCACAUUUUGCACUCAUGCACUUGGAAUAUAAUUUUUGUCGAAAUCCAGUAAAUAACAUUUCUCCUGUUAGUGCUACACUUACUUCUGGAACAACCAGCAUAUUACCAUAUACAUCAAGACCAUAUUCUUAUCCAAGCUAUCCCUUAUCAUCAUCAAUUCCACUUGCUAAUAACAACCAUGUUGGACAGCGUUUGUACAUCUCCAGUCAGGCCUCAUUCUUUUGAGGAAAAAAAGCUGGAUGAAAAAAAUUACGCUUUAAAAAAAAAUACCGUAUAAUGUAGUUUUAGUUUUAAUUGUGUUUAUACAAUUGCUUUUGCUUGGUUAUUUCAUAUUGCUUAUAAAAUAUAGAUAAAACCCAUUUAAAUGUUUUUUUAAAUAAUUUUUCUCAUUAAAUAGAAGCUUUAAAAUAUUUUUAAUGCAUGCAAUUGUUGUAAUCUUGUUACCAAGAAUCCAUUCUUUGGAGAUGAAAAACAGUAUUUGGUGAAAAGCAAAGUAUUAUGUAAGAAGGAAAUGAUGCACAAUUUUUUUUUAAAAAAACAGAAACCUUAACUCCGAACAUAUAAACAUUUGGGGUCCUUUAAAAUUACAUUGUAUAUUUUAGUUGCAUGAUAUUUGUUUUAUUAAUCCACUGUUUAUAUUGUUAAAUUUUAUUUGUUAAAAAUAUUGUUCUAUUUGCACGUUGUAAUGCUUU